CGUCGUGCUUCAACGUUCCAAACGUUGUGCUUCACGUUCAACUUGUUCGAAAAGUUGAACCACGACAUUUGCCUGUCCGUUUUAGAACACCAUUAUGAUAGUCAUAAUAACAAGCUCGAUCGGAAAUAUCUCACAGAGUUUUGGAACAGAACCACUUGCAGCAUGAAUUUCGCAGCCAGUGGCGACUACCGUGGGGACGGGCGAGCACUCCAGCACGCCAUCAUAAUGCAGCACAUUGAUAAGCUGACAUUCCGCCCUGGGGACGAAGUUUUCGACGUGGGCUGCGGAUCGGGAGAGGAGACGAAAACGAUAGCGUCAAAGGUCAAAGGUGUCGUAGGUAUCGAUUCUUCAGAGGCAAUGAUAGCGGUUGCCAAUCAGAGCAACUCGGCUCCCAACAUCGAGUACGUUGUCGAAGACGCCCGGAGUGUCGGAGACAACCCCAAGUGGCGGGGAAAGUUCGACAAGGUCGUGAGCUUUUUCAUGCUGCACUGGAUCCCGACUGAGGAGCAACCAAGUGCUCUGGGUGGCAUCUUGAGCUGUUUGAUGGCAGGAGGGGAGGCACUGUUCCUCAUAAACACCAAAGACAAAGGACCGCACGAUUUGAGCGCGUCUGUCUUGUUCCUGAAGAACCACCCAAAGUGGGGCGUGUACGCCAAGCAUUAUGAGUUACCAUUGUAUAUUUGGAAGCGAUCGAUUCCAGACACAGUCAAACUGUUGAAGACAUUCGGAUGUACCGUUCUAGAAGGUCAAAUCAAACGUCAGGAAUUUGCCCUGUCCGAAGUGCAAGUGAAACUGAUUUGGAAGACUAUUUUAAAGGUUGCGGAUCUUGUACCAGCAGAAAAGCAGGACGAGUUCCUUGAAGACAUAUGGCAGUGGGCGCUGUCACGCAGUGCGGAUGAAACCAAGUCACAGUACCUGAAUGUGAAUGAAACUGUGGUUAUACACGUUCGUAAAGAAUGAAAAAGAAGUCCGGGUGCUAGACUGGCCGCCAUCUUGUUACUAUCAGGCAGAUAUCACGAACGAGAUGCAAAGCAUAUAGGCUAGACUUGUUUUAUUAAAAAGAACGGUUAUGUCAAAUGUGCUAAUGUUUGCCCCUCUGUUUUGAAACUUAGUAUUAGAUAUUUUAAUCUAUAUUUUGAAUAGGUAGUUCUAAAGUAUCGAUAGGGAAGAUGUGUCAUGGGGCAUGUGCAUCGGUAAUCGGGAGUCUCGGAUGACUUGAUUAAAAGAAUUGAAGACAAACAAAAAUCAAUUUUGUUAUACCUCUGUCUUGAAUACUGUAUGUUCAUUGGCCUAGAAUGAUCACGUGUUGAGUUUAUAAAAUGUCAUGGCACACUCGCUGUGGGACGUACACGUGUACAUGUACAGUACGUACGGUGUGAAACGCUUGUAUCGUUGGUACCCACGCAAUUUUCACCAUGUUUUCACACAUGAGUGGGAGCAGCGAACUAGCAGACGAUCAGAUGUUUCGAGCACGCGACAUGCAUGUCAGUUGGUCAACGUUCGAUUGCCAUGAUUGUUGUGUUUACUGCUGUUUGUUUUCGUGAUUUUAACAUCAAAAUCCGAAGAAUCCAAGGCAGAGGUAUAACAAAACGAUUGUUGACUGCUGUGAUGUGGGAUAUAACGUUUUGAACACCCUCGGGGCGCAUAGCUUCGUCUCGGGUGCUAUGCGCCCCGCGGAUGUUCAAAACGUUAUAUCCCACAUUGCAGCAGUCAACAAUUGUUAAAUGUACCAUGCAUGCGUAUUAGCUGCCUGCAUAAGAAAAAUCAUUGGAUUGCCGCCUCGAUCCCAUGAAUCAAACUUUAUUUUGGUCGCGCAAGGCAUGGUGGGAACCAACAUGGCGCAGCAAGAUCGUACCCAUGGAAACGAGGUAGAGUUGGAACUCCUAUUUUAAGCUAAUGAAUACUAAAAUUCAAUCCUUGUACAACAUACGUUGUUUUGUUUAACCAUGGCUCUAAACAUCUUGUUAAAAUGAUCUUAAACAUUAAGUCAAUAACACUUUGCAUAUGUGUGGCUGAUUUUAAUAUUUAAAGAUUGGUUCCUCGUUGCGAAUUUUGUCUUUUGUAAAUGUUUGGUCUUCUUUGUCCUGUGAUUGGUGUUGUUUCCUUUGAUGGCUGCUGGUAAUGUCUUUUGAUUUAUCUUUUUCUUUUCUUUUAUGUCUCUUACUGUUUGUUACUGUACCUCGAUCUUUGUUAAUUUCGUGUAUACUUCGUUCUGUACGAAUUUUCCUUCUCGUUUGUGUGUGGUUUAGUCCUUCUUUGAUAGCGUUUGAUCGGGUUUUUUUUCGGUGUUUGUUCUUUGAUUGCUGCUUUGUCCUACAAUAUUCUUGGUUUGUCUUUCGUUGUUUUUAUUGUUGGUUGUCCUUUUAGUUUUAGCUUUGUUUAAUGUUGGCCCUUUUGGACGACCAUGUCGACAGAAGCCUCGGGUUUAAGAUUUAUUGUCGCAAUUAGCUCUGUGAAUUUGAAAACUGUGAAUAAACAAUACGUGUAGUCCACAAAAAUGUUAUCCAAGAAAUGACA